CGAUGGUGCAGCUGUGCCGUGCCUUAUUUGGGCGGAGUGGCCCCACAGGGCGUGAGCGAGGCCUGCGAAAGGAAAUCAUGGCGUUGGGCUCGUCCGGAGCCACUUGACGGAUCCGAAACGGUCUUUUGGGGGCAGUGGAACUAACCCAUCUCUGGUUCCGUGGUUGGGUCUCAGCAGAUUAUCUGGGUUGUCUACAUGGGUUGAUGCGUGCUCCCCACUCGGCUGUGAGUGCUGUUGCGUGAGCGAGAGAGAGAGAGAGAGAGAGCAGGUGGGUUCGUAAGGACUUCGGAAGAGGUGUUGCAGAUUGAUGCUGCUGCAUCAAGGUUACGACGCAUUUUUCCAAUGGCAGCCCAGCUGACACAGGGCGAAGACCCGUAUGCUCUGCGCCCGGAUUGCACCGAUUCAGCACCGCCUCGCUUUCGUAUCAAGCCGGGAAAGACGCUAAGUUCGAGGGCAUGGUACGGAGCUUUUAACGAGCAGGGCCAGCUGAACCUGGACAAGGUUCUGAAACGCAUACGCAGAGGGGGUGUUGAUCCAGCAAUUAGGGCAGAAGUCUGGGAGUUUCUAUUGGGGUGCUUUGGUCCCAGCAGCACAGCACCAGAACGAGAUGCGCUUCGAGCAUCUCGCAGAGAGCAAUAUGCAAAACUCAAAGCCGAAUGUCAAGUAAUGGACAAUUUGGUUGGAAGUGGGCAAAUUGCAACUUCACCACGUAUAAAUGAAGAUGGUAGUCCAGUGGAGGAAUAUAAUAGUGGAGAAAUUUCUGUUGCAGAUGAAAUCAGUCACCAUCAAAUUGAAGACAUGAACAGAGGUUAUCAACAAACUUCAAAGGCCUCUUCCGAAAAGCAGGAUGCGAAGACAAUACAGUGGAGAUUAAAUCUUCACCAGAUUGGGUUGGAUGUGGUCCGCACCGACAGGAUGCUGCAAUUUUAUGCAAGUCAAGAGCACAUGUCAAAGCUUUGGGACAUCUUGGCUGUAUACUGUUGGUUGGAUCCUGCUAUUGGUUACUGCCAAGGCAUGAGCGAUUUCUGUUCUCCCCUUGCUUUGAUGUUCCAAGACGAAGCUGAUGCAUUCUGGUGCUUUGAGCGCAUUGUGAGCCGUGUGCGCGACAAUUUCAGUUGUACAGAUAAAGAAGUUGGUGUUCAGAAACAACUAGGAGUGUUGGCAACAUUAUUGAAGGUUUUAGAUCCCAAGCUUCACGAGCACAUAGACUCAAUAGGAGGAGGAAAUUAUAUUUUUGCGUUUCGCAUGAUCAUGGUGCUUUUUAGGCGAGAAUUUUCUUUUGUCGACACCCUUUACCUUUGGGAGAUGAUGUGGGCCUUGGAGUAUUCCCCCUCAUCUAUACAGGAUGUGAGCGUGACAAGAACCUGGAGUCUCAGGCGCAGGUACAAAGGUCGAGGGAAGUACGAAGCACAAAACGAGAAAUAUGGGGCGUCCAGGAUGCCUGGGGGAAAAGCGCCCUUAUCUCUGUUCUGUGCAAUUGCUAUAUUUGAAAUGCAACGUAAUCGACUUCUGAAUGAGGCCCAAGGGCUAGACGAAGUCUUGAAAUUGCUGAAUGACGUCACUGGAAAGAUAGACCCCAAGGAGGCUUGCAGAUUGGCCUUGGAUCUUCACAGUAAAUAUUUACGCACGGUGCGAAGACAGUCAACUUGAUUGGUUCUUUACGAUGUGAUGUGAUCACGUCUUCAUUUUAACAUCAUUCUUUGGUAGUAGGAUAAUCCAGUUGUAAACCAGGUUGCUACACUCGUAAUGGGUUGUCAUGUUUUGGCUCACUGCUAUUUUGAUAGUUUACUUGCAAGUUUGGAAAUUUUAGGCUGUUAUGUUUUCUAUUUAGAUGAUUAGAAACGACAAUUUGAUGUACAUUAGAAUUUGGAAUUCAAGCUGUCAGAAUGGUUUUGAUAGGCUCAACUGCAAGGAUUUCACGCUUCUGAAGUUGUUAAGAGUCUUUUACUUGACAGGAUUUGUUUUUUUAAAACUUGUUUUGGUUUAAAUUUAUAAGUCGUUACAAGUUGAGGUCCAUUUCUGAACCUUUUUUGUGCACCA